GAGAGAGAGAGAGAGAGAGAGAGAGAAAGAAACAGAGUAAAAAUAAGAAGAACUAACGAGAGAGAAUGGAUCGGAGGGUCAUGACGAUGCUACUACUCUUGAUGACGGUGACGAUGAUGGUCUCGUCGUGGUGUGUAAUGGGGGUGACGGGAUACUACAGGGGAGGAGAAGAAGAGGAAGAGGAGUGGGGUGAGGAGGAGAGAGGAGGAGGAGGAGGAGAGAGAAAGGGGGUGUUUGUGUUGGACAAAUGGGAGGAGGUGGUGAGAACGGAUGCGGGGGUCGUGAGGGUGGUAACCUCGCCGCUGCUGCGGGGAUUCCAUUCGUGUUCAGGUUCGGAUUCGGAUUUGGGCCGGCUUGGUGGGGUCGGAGUCCGGCACGGGCUCAUGCACAUUGGGUUCAUCUUCAUGGAGCCCAACACGCUCUUCGUGCCUCAGUAUUUGGACUCGAGCCUCAUUUUAUUCGUACGAAAAGGAGAGGUGAAGGUUGGAUGGAUCCACGAGGAUGCUUUGGUGGAGAAGCAACUCAAGAUGGGAGAUAUCAUCCACAUUCAUGCCGGCUCCACCUUCUACAUGGUUAACACCGGCAAAGGCCAGAGACUGCAAAUCAUAUGCAGCAUCGAUGCUUCCGAGAGCAUCGGAUUGAGCCCUUAUCAGGCUUUCUAUGUUGGCGGAGGAGCCUAUCCGCGGUCAGUACUUACCGGAUUCGACCCUGCAACACUCGCUACCGCCUUCAAUGUGACUGAAAAGGAGCUGUACACAUUCUUGGGGGCGCAAACUAGGGGCCCAAUUGUCUAUAUUAAUAGCGAGGUAGCGGAGCGGACUCCUUGGUGGACUUCUAUAGGAAGGGGCCUAGUAAAUACCAAGACGAGGGACGACUCUUCUGAUCGAUAUGUGAGCGAGGAGAAUGAUGAAGUGGAUAAUGGACCAUGGACAUGGAGGAAGCUAUUGAAUAAGAUGCUCGGAGUGAGCAGUGAUAAUGAGGACCGGAGAAACAAAAAGGGUAAGCCAGUGCAGGCGCCCGAUCCGUAUAAUCUGUAUGAUCGGGAUCCCGACUACCGCAACAACUACGGAUGGACCAUUGCUCUUGACGAGCAUGAUUACGCUCCGCUUAAGCACUCUGAUAUCGGCAUUUACCUUGUUAAUCUCACUGCGGGUUCGAUGCUUACGCCGCAUGUAAACCCUCGAGCAACCGAGUAUGGCAUCGUGCUCGGAGGGUCGGGACGGAUUCAGGUCGUCUACCCGAACGGUUCAACUGCGAUGAACGUCAAGGUGGCGGAGGGUGACCUGUUCUGGAUCCCGCAGUUUCUCCCCUUCUGCCAGAUUGCCUCUCGCAGUGGCCCGAUGGAGUUCUUCGGCUUCACAACCUCUGCAGCGCGGAACCGACCGCAGUUCCUGAUCGGGGCAAGCUCGGUGCUCCGCACCAUGCUCGGGCCGGAGCUCGCGGCGGCGUUUGGAAUAAGUGAGGCCCGUCUGAGGGACGCAGUCGAGGCGCAGAGGGAGGCGGUGAUCAUACCGUCAUGGCCGGAGAAGAGGAAAAAAGGGAGGAAAGGAAGGAGAGAGGAAGAGAGAGAGGAAGGCGAGCCCUCCUUGAUCUUCAAGGAGGUGGUUUGAUGCUUAAGCUCACCAAGAACUCUUUUCAACUCUUUUAAGUUCUCAUCUUCUGUGUGUACUUUGUGAGGUUUUCUCUGUUCCUUUUGUGGUGUGGUUGAUGGACUCCGAAACUUGGUCAAUAAAGAGGUGAAGAGAGUACCUUAGUGCAGUGAUUUAGUGUGUCUAAGUUUAGAA